UGCCACUCCUGAGAGCGCAAGAGAAGGACGAAAGUUACGGAUUAGGUGCUUCUUCUCAGGAGGGUGAAGUCAAAGCCAUCCUUUGGACUUUUUUUUUUUUUUUUUUUUUUUUUUUCUAUUCUAAAGUAUAACAGCAAUCUAAACAUCCUUCAAGACUAGUUGAUGGGGCUUUUUCUUAAUCUAGGGAAUGCCUUUUGUUUUAUGAGUCAGGAGUCCGUUAGGCUACCUUUUGGCAUUUUGCAGAACUAUUAUGGAAUAAACUACGCAACGAAGUGGCACCAAGAGAACCAGCUGAUUUGAAAAUUUGGACUUUUGUUCUGUUUUAUUGAAACUUUCCUGGGGAUUACGGAGUUUCUCGUCGGGACACCUAAUUUCCGAGGAUUUUAAGAGUUUUUUUCAUUAAGCAUAGACUGUGACCACGUCUGGAUUAUGAAAGAAACAGACGUGAAAAAAGGAAGCGUGAAACAUCGCCAUUAGAAAAAAAAAAGUUGGAGAAAGGGGAAAUGUGGAGUAAGAGUGGCGUCUACAUUAGGAUGUUGCUGCUUUUACAAUGGAAGUAAAGAACUGUUUUACUGCCGCUGCGCUGCUUUGUCUUUUCUUUUGCUCCGUUUUCAGCCAAGAACUCAACGUUAAAGGCAGGAAUGUGUGCAAAGCACCCGGGUCAUCAAGAUUGGUUUGCUGCAGUGGAUGGGGGCAACUGGGAGAUGAAUGCCUGACACCCAUCUGUGAAGGCAACUUCACCUGCAAGGAAAAUGAGGUGUGUGUCAGGCCGAAUGAAUGUCGCUGCCGACAUGGAUACUUUGGAGCCAGCUGUGACACAAAGUGCCCUGCCCAGUUCUGGGGCCCUGACUGCAAGGGAAGAUGCAACUGUUAUCCUAAUGGCCAGUGUGACGAUUUGACCGGCAAGUGCACCUGCAAUCACAACCGUUGGGGACCCAACUGCGAGAAUGCUUGUCAGUGCCAAAAGGGCAACUGUGACCAAGACACAGGAAAAUGUACCUGUCACACUGGGUGGUGGGGUCCACACUGCCACAACAUGUGCUACUGCAGCAUAAAUUCUGUCUGCGACGUGAAUACGGGGCGAUGUCUAUGCCAUCCUGGCUGGACUGGGAGGAACUGUGCAAAUCAGUGCAACUGUAACGGCUCGCCGUGCGAGCAGUACACGACACGCUGCCAAUGCAAGGACAGGAUGUGGGGUCCUCGAUGCGAUCGAGUGUGCCAAUGCAUCCACGGCAAGUGCAACAAGGCUGAUGGCUCAUGCACAUGCACUCCAGGAUACCGUGGGAAGUUUUGCAGGGAACCAUGUCCUGCUGGAUUUUAUGGCCAAAACUGCAGAAACAGGUGUGGACACUGCAAGGGUCAGCAACCCUGUAAGGUGACCGAGGGCCGGUGCAUCACCUGUGACAGAGGCUGGAACGGGACACGAUGUGAUCAACUCUGCUCCAAGGGCUUCUUUGGGGAAAACUGUCAGGAAGUGUGUCCCACUUGUAAGGACGGUCACCAUUGUGACCCCAUUCAUGGCAAAUGUUCUCACUGUAAUCCUGGCUGGAUUGGGGACAGGUGUGAGGUACGCUGCCCCAACGGCACAUAUGGCGAGAACUGUGAGAACAACUGCAGCCAGUGUUUUAAUGGCAUCUGUCAUGUAGUCACCGGAGAGUGCCUUUGUGACCCAGGCUUUUAUGGCACCUACUGCAAUAAGACCUGCCAGCCUGGCCAGUAUGGAGUCAACUGCAACCAAACCUGCUCCUGCAAUGACAAGAACUGUGACCCUGUGUCUGGUGCCUGUCAUCUCCAGCCCAACCAGCGGAUGGGUGUGAUCGCAGCUGGAUCCUUGGUCUCCUUUUUACUGAUUGCCCUACUUUCUCUACUAUGCUGCUGCUGCCUCUGUCAAGACAAAGAUGACCACAACAAAAAAGCCAAGCGGAUUUUAUGCGGACGAUUCAGCCGAAUCAGCACUAAACUUCCCCGUAUUCCACUGAGGCGACAGAAACUGCCCAAAGUAGUCGUAGCACAUCACGACCCAGAGAACACCUUCAACUGCAGCUUCAUUGAGCCGCCCUCAAUGGCCGAGCAGCCCUCCCCCUCCUCAUGGUCCUCCCAGGAGUCCUUCUCUUCCUUUGAGAGUGGAGAUGAAGGGCCUGUUUAUUGUGUUCCGCAUGAAGAAUCCACGAGUGACAGCAAAGAGAAGCAGAGCCCCAACCCUGUGGACGAAAACUCAGAGGAUGACACAAACAAGGAGGAUGCAGGGGAGUACACUUCACUAAAAGACACGAGUGUCACCAAACCGGAGAGCAACGAGCAGUCUAUACUCAAGUGCUCUGACAGUGAGAUUUCAAAUAGUGAGUCUGAGUCUGCUGCCCAAUACGCCUGCAUUGCCCGCCUCUCCAAGCAGUCAAAAGAGGAUGAUUGCAUUGGCAAAGAUGGUGAUGGUAACCUUACAUCAGAAGCCAAGGUAAAUGGGAAACCUCCCCCUUCACCUGGCAAGCCCAAACCACGGCCACCAGAUCCAUCUACUAAACCCAAAGUGUCAUGGAUUCAUGGAAAUGCAACAGGGUCUCAACAACCAGAGCAACAAGGGGGGAAUAGGGCAUUUGCAGUGUCAAAGGAGAAAAACAGGAGCUCUAGCAAUAGCUCAUUAAAGAAUGAAGAGCGUCAUAAAAUAAAAGAAAAGAGUCGGAGUCAACAGAAGAAGCAGGAUGGAAAUGAUACUAAUGCAAAUGGAUCACCUAGCAAACACAAACUGCUACAAGGUAAAAAGUCUGGAGAUGAGCAUAGCAGUCCAAGUCACAUGGAGCACAUCAAUGGUGUUGUCCAAAAUGCCCUAAAAAUGAUAAGCAGUUUCCGUAGCUCAUCGCCUGAGAAGAAGAUUGCUGAAAAUCCAAAGCAGAGUUCUAAAGAGCCACCAAAGAGCCCGAAGGUAAUCCACCCUCAUAUGAAUUCUGAAGCGGCCACUUUACUGGCUGCACAGCUCAAGGAGAAAACUCAGAGCAUCAACAGGAAUGAGGGGACUGGACUGACAAAGACCAAUGGUCUCUCCCUACCAAAGAAUAACCAGGAGAAGCCCACACCUCCACAGAAAGCCAAGAGAACCAACUCCAGUGGACUUGGUCAGCAGGGCUCCACCAAGCCUCUGCUGCCUACCACAAGCAACCUUCAGAAAAUGGUGGCACCAAUCACCAACAACUUUGGGACCCCCGAAGCCAAGAGCCCGGAGAAGCAGGACUUGAACGGCUCCAGGACGGGGGACCUGCUGGACCCUACACCGAAGAAGACUCCCAUAAAAAAGCCACCUAGGAAGAAAGGCAAAGGUGGUACCCUUGAUACACCUGAAAGUAAAACACCCCAGCAAAAAACAGCCAUUAUGCCGCCACAGGUAGUGAAGUAAAUAUUUGGAAAGAUUCUGAGCAGUUGCCAAUUAUUUUCUACAAGACUGAAUUGUUUGUUUGAAGCUAGCAGCAACAUAGCUUUUUAAUCAAUGAACAGCUUGAGGGCAGUGCCUCCAGGGACAUUCAGAAGUAACAACCUCUUUGAAAUAAAAGGCACAAUAGAAUUACACCUGGAGGGUGUUUUAUGAUAACCAUGACACCAUUGUUAAAUAUCAAGUGUAUGUAUUCAAGUUGCAACACAACUUUGUCUAGAGCUGAACACAACACAGUAAACAGGGACAUUAUCUAAAAGUUCAUUCAUCUCAGCUGCUGGGCCAUGAGCCCACAUUUAUAUUUACCUACUGCAUGUAAAAUGAGUAUUGAUUACAUCAACAUUUCUUUUGGAGAUUCACUUCUAAUGAGGCUUUUGAUAUGAAAUGCGCUGUCUGUAAUGUAAUCCACACAAAUCAGUCGACGCAUGUAAUGAAGUAGAAUGACACAGGGAAUAGGUUUUAAAUGUUCUUACUAAAAUGUUUUCAAGAGUAUUUCAAGAUGCUUCCUGUAUGGAAAAAGUACUCACAUGCACUGCUCAAAUUUAACUUUGACCCAUGCAUCCACACAGUUUUCAGUUGGAGGGUAAAUUUUGAAACAAAUUCAUAUCAGGUGACUGAACAGGUCAUUCCAGCAAUUUUACUUACUGUCUUGGAAACAGAUAGUUUCAAUGACUGUGUGUUUAAGAUCAUUGUCUUGUUAAAACAAUCAGCCCUGUUUCAUCUUUAGAUUGUUAACAAUAUUCUUCUGGUACAUUUUUCUAUUCAUUCUUCCAUUGAUUAUGUGAAAUUUUCCAGUACCAUUGCUGUGGUAGAACCCUACACCAUGUAGGGCCCAAAUAGAAAGCUUUGUGGUAGAGUGCUACAUUGGAGUGUGCAAUAACAUUAAAAAUAAUUCCUUUUGGUCUCAUUUGACCAGACUACACUCUCCCAAUAUUUGAUUGGCUUGUCCAAAUGUUCUGCAGGAAACAAGCGUCAAUAUGCUUUUUCCUUUGCAAUGACGUUUUGUAAAGUGAGUGUGCAUUGAGGCCACAUGGGAUGAGUGCAUUACUUCAUAAGAAGGUAUGUACCUGCUAAUUUCAGGUCUUUCUGAAGCUUUCUGUGACUAAUUAUUGGCUCUUAGAGAACUUUGCUGAUUAUUAUUUUGACUCCUCUAUCAGAAGUCUUGCAAUGGCUGGUUUAUGGUGACAUGUUCUUUGCAAUUUUGAAUGAUGAUCCCAAUGGCUCUAACUGAGACGUAAAAAAAAAAUAGAAUCAUGUAUGUGACCAAUUUUCUCAGAAUUAGGAUCUGAUGGUCCUGAGAGAGAUUCUUCUAAUUACGGCAUCUUCUAUGAUACCUUGAUAAUAAGAAAGCCUUUUAAAGGCCAUUAACUGGGACUAAGCCAACCAAUGUUAACUGGCAUUGAUGAGUGCAGUAUUAAUUGCUACAAACAGACUUCAGCUAUUUUCUUGGUUUUCUAUGCCUUUGUGCGACUUUUUUGUUCUUAUAUUUGAAGUUUUUAUUACACACUUUUAUUUUUAGAUUUAUUUCUUUGUAAGAAUUAGUAGUUUGUUUGUUCAUAUGUAUAAUACUUAUGUUGUUGCUGAGUUGAUGUGAAUUUCAUGUCAAUAGCCCCAUCACAAAUACAUUUACUGAGAAAAGUGUUGACAUGUUCAAAACUGAUUUCAUUGCUUUAUGAGUUGUACAGCUGGAAUUUAAAAGAACAAGGGCCAGAAAAAUAGCUAUUAGCAUGUAAUGCACAAACAGUGACAGUGAGUAAUUGGUGCUCUGAUGACUAGAAGCUAACAUUUUUGUAUUCUAACUUGCUUAGAGCAACAUGCAGCAAUAUAGCUCUAUACCAAAGCUUUUCAAGAUCAUUCCAGCCUUAAGGAGUUUCUUUGCAGAUGAAUCUCUACUCUUGGUAUUAUAUUUAAAAAUGUUAAUUAGUCUAAUGAAUCUGAGUAUUUCUAUGACCAUCUUUAUUAAAAAUACAAGAAAAACUUCAAUCAACCAUCACUCAGAUUUGAUGGUUUAAAGUUCACAAAUGAAAAUAAGAACAUUUUAAUUCUUCAUUUAAAAAUUCAGCCUUUUUAAGCUUUUUUCUACUUGAAGCUUAAUCAGCGUCACUUGGCCAGCUCUGUCAGAUGUAAUUUGUUGAUUCAUAUGAAAGGAUUUUGCUAAGAUUAAAGAGAAUGUACACUUGCUGUAUUUGAACCACUAAGCUAAAAAAGAGAACCAAAACAAUGUAACGUCCUUUAGUUUCUGUUUGUUCAGCGUUCUGUUACUGGAUUCUUUGAUCCCUCAGAAAAUUAGGUCACUGUCAAAUUCUAAUUUUGAAUAGAUGUCAGUAAGAUAAAUUUUGUGACAAAAAUAGCUUUCCAAGAAUUAAAUAAUACCAGCUGAUUUAUGCUAGAUUUAGGAGGAUAUUUGAAUGUUCUUGCUUUGGGCAAAAACAGAGACUUAAAUGGUACUUUAUCUUGUGUGUAAAACCAAAGUAAUUUCUGCCAAAGAAUUUUGCCACCAUUUACUCCAAGUGCAGACUCCAUAAUUUCACAUCCAUGUAUUGUUGUGGAAUACAAACAAUAAAGUUUUCAGGUAGGGAAAAAAAAGCUAAUUUAUAGCAGCUUUUACAACUUGAACUACAUGAACAACUAGUGGCAUAGGAAAUGAUGAUAAUCUGCUUUAGGCAUGUUUUUGAAGUUGAAGAGUAUUACAUUAACAAAAUGUUUCUAUCUUUUUUCAUUAAGGUACAAGCCAUGUCUUUAUGUUUUUCAACAUUUUACUUGUAUACAUUGUGUACUUUUUUUAUUAUCUUUGUAAGCUGUGCUUAUAUGACCGUGUGGGUUCCUUUGUUUUCUUUGGUGUGAAUGAACUGACUUUCAUAUAUUAGCUUUUUUUGGUUUUGCUGUGUUGCUUAUUUUUGGCUCUUUGUCAAAUCUGCAGAAAGAGUACGUUCCUUCUCUAAAGUUUACAUUGGCUUUGUAAUUGUUCUCUGUUGAUGUUAUUGUUUGUGUAACACUUAACUGCAUGACGCAGAGUGUAAUUAUAUGGCAUUAUAGCUGCAGAGGAAAUUUGUAAUCUUUCUGCUCCCUCCAUUUGUUAUUGCAGCCUUCUGUAAGCAAAUCUUAUACAAAAGAGUAUUGUACAAUACUACCAUAAUACCACUGUUGUAACAAGUGCAUAUGCUUAAAAUCAUAAUACUGUGUAACUAUUAAGUUGCAGUCAUUUGCCUGAUUGGCCUUUGCCUGGUUUCAUUGCCUUACAAUGCAUUUUUGUAAAGAAGGGCCUAAAGAAACUGCAAAACCGUCACCAGCUGUAAGAUACAUUUUGUUUUAGUUGUGUUGUUUGUUUUACUACAACUUUGAUUGCCUUUUAGCGUAUGGCUGUUACACUCUGUGUGUUCAUUUAGUUCUUUUGAAUAAAAAAAGCAAUAUGUGUAGCCAAA